UUGAUCAUUGACCUUAUUUAGAAACUAGUCAUCCAACUCCACGCUGAGAUGCAGCAAGCUUUUGAUUUGCAAACCCCCAAACCUCAGAGCAGCACACGUCACAGGCUUCCUCAGGCCUGUCUUGAACGACACCUUACAGGAAAUUCAAAGCAAAGAGCAGAGGGUUUGUUACCGCACGCAUUUGCUGAGAGGAGAAAGUGACAGGCUCAUCUCUAUUUUCAACCCGAAAUACAGCCGCAGGUGUGAUGACACUUUAGGUGACUUGGCGGACACAAGGUUCCUCCGCAGCCAUGAACGGGACAGACCAGUGCGGGGCCUCCCCAGCCGAGUACCAGUACUACUACUUCCCGUCCAUCUACAUCUUUGCCCUGUCGGUGGGUCUUCCUGGCAACCUGGCUGCCUUCUUCUACUUCACCUGGAGGACCACGCCCCGCACGUCCUUCAGCGUCUACAUCAGCAACCUGGCCUUCGCUGACAUCAUCCUCCUGUGCACGCUUCCCUUUCGGAUCCACUACCACCUCAACAGGAACCACUGGGUCUUUGGUGACGUCACCUGCAGAGUCACCGGGAUUCUCUUCUUCGCCAAUACCUACAUGAACAUCUGCUUCAUGUCCUGCAUCUGCGUGGACCGAUACAUCGCCACGGUGCACCCGCACCAGUACCUCCGGCUGUGCAGCGUCUGCCGUGCCCUGCUGGUCAGCACGGUUCUGUGGUGCAUCGCGGUCGUGGCCAUGCUCGUCUUCGUCCUCAUGGGACCGCUGGAGACUGAAAAACGCACCAGCCAGAGCUGCUUUGAGAACUUUGCCAAGGCCGAGUGGAACACUCGCCUGGCCGUCUUCAGCAUGGUGAGCCUGGUCUUCGGCUCGUUACUGCCAUCUCUGGUCAUCCUGGUGUGCUACCCCAUAGCCGUGAGACGCAUCUCAAGGAUCCGGACGAAGACGGCGCAAAAAGCGGUGAGGGUCAUCUACACCAUCCUGGCCAUCACGGUGCUGUGCUUCCUGCCCAAUCACGUGGCCUAUCUGCUUCACCUGCUGCGGCGCAUCGGCGUGAUCAAGAGCUGCUCGGCCGCCCGAGCUAUCCACGACGCUCGGAGGGUCACCAUGGGCCUGGUGAUCCUCAACACCUGCCUGGACCCUGUGCUUUACUACGUCACCACCAGCCACUGGAGGUGGAAGCGACUGAGGUGGGGCGGAAGAGUGUUGGGGGCCAGAGGAGUGUACACCAUAAGGAUGAACCCGCCGUAG